CGAAUACUUGUUGUCUUUUCCGACUGAACUUGGUCGCUUGUAUUAUUUCAUUAACAUAUAAAAAUAUAAAAUGUGGCCGGUGGUAAUGGCACUUUUACGGCGCAAUGCUGUUUACAUUACAUUGCCCAUUGCAGCCGUCGUGGGUUUUAUUGGCUAUAAUCUGGAGAAUCUUAUGUCCGACAAAUACACGCCAUACAGUCCUUCCAUACAAGAGGUUCGCUCUCAGCGCCAAACUGAUGAAAGCCUUAUAGAAAAUCCAGGCAAUGUGGGAAAAUUGCAGUUAACGGCCUCCGUGCUGGAGCGCAAUCUGUCGCCAUCCCUGCAACCGAAAGCAUAAUUAGCUAGCGGCACUGUUACCUAAGUUAUAAUGGAUGUUAAUUAAAAUUGUAAAGUAAAAAAUAAAAUUUAAAGCAAAAAAA